AAGCUAUAUAAUCGAAGUAACGCACGAUUUGGUUUUAUAGUAGAGCUAGAUCCUUUGCGGAGAGUGCACAACCAUUUUUUUUUCACCACCCUUCGGUUACGUUACCACACGGUUCAUUAGCCCGUUGGACGAAAUGAAGUUCGCGGUAAUUUUGGGCCUUUUUUUCGCGGUUGCUUUCGCCGAGAAGAAGAUCGAUCUCGAGGACAUCGAGCGCGAUAAUUUGCGCGCAGAGAGCAAGUCGGACACGGAAAAUAUAAAUUCCCAAGAUUCUUCGUACAGUGUUCCCUCUACUAAACCGGACAAAACCGAGUCGAAAUAUCAACAGGGAACUCGUCAAUACCAAAACAACGACGAUGUUUCCAGUUAUGUAACCCCGCAGCAAUUGCAGGACAAAUAUUCUAUGCCAUCGGAAGGUUAUCAGCAGGAUAUCAAAUACUCAAGUGAUAACGAUGACUACCAGCGAUCAUCGCAACCGAUUCGCUAUGUCGAAUAUCCACAACAAGUAGAAACGACCGCUCCGAAAAGUAUUUCUCAGACCUCGGCCUACGCAGCGCCGCCCCAGCAACAGUUGUACUAUCAACCGGAAGUGAGCGUGGGAAAUCAUUAUCAAUCGGUGCAACAGAAAACAGCUAGCCAUAAAUUCGCCAAAAAUUCAAAUAAAGAAACGCUGUACGUAAAUAUACCGAUGGCACAACUGCUGUCCUACUAUCCCCACAUCGCAGGGCCUCAGCCCUUGGUUUCCAAAGGUCACGGCAACCCGGGUCUUCAUGGCCUCCUGAAUCAACCGGAUCAACAGGUCGUGAUACCAUUUUACAUGGCUCCAUUGACACGCGAUCCAGUUUAUUCAAACUCCAAAAUCACCUAUCAAAUUCAGCCUCAGUAUACUCCGCACUCGUCCACCAAAUUUCCGCUGCUGACUGAGGCCAUUUUACCUACAAGGCCGCCGAGCAAAUUGAUUUAUUCUCAGCCGCUUCUUAACCAGCGUCAGUCUCAGCCACAAUCGCACCAUUUGCAAGAAAUCGUUUAUACCCAGCAGCCAGGUGCGUUGACUUACGUCCCGAUAGGAUCGAGUCACGACUCGAGUCUGUACGAUCGUCCAUCAACCGCUCACCUCGACUCGAAUACGCUCAAUCAGAAUUACGAGAGUCAGACCGGACAUGCGCAGACUUAUGCUCCGUACGAACAUCAGUCAGUCACUAAAUACGAAAUAUCCAAUGGAAAUUACGCUCCUCAUGGGAGCAAUCAAAUUUACCAGCAGCACGGCAAUGAAAACGUUCACCAAAAUUACGAGAGUGUCCCAGAAGCUCCCGACACUGGACUCGACUUACCAAGAUUGCCUGCUAAGGAUUUCAAAUCUUCGGAUUCUCACUACACUCAGAAUCAACUGGUGCAUUCUGAGGAGCCAAGAUCACUCCUCGAUUCUUACAUACCGAGCAACAUUCUCGCAGCACAAAAUUCCGAAAGAUAUCGAGAACGACCGAUCAGACUAGAGCGUGGAUUUCUACCCUCUAAAGUAACUUAUGUUCAGUCCUAUAAAAAACGUAAGAUCCAAUAAAUUGGGGAUUCAAACGAGAUAGAAAAAUGCAGCUAAUUAUUAAGCAAUAUAUUUUUUUAUGAAACAUUGCAACGACGCUGUGCUCAUAGAACUUCAAAGUCGUCGAGCCUUUCUAACCAUUUUACGGUUUAAAUACAAUAUUCAAAUUCAUUUUAUUCCAAAUUAAUCAGUUUUUAUUCAAAAUUCAAAUUAAUUUUAUUCCAAUUCUUUUUCUACAAAUUACUAUACGAGAAUUCGAUUGAAAAUUCAGACUCUUUCGAAUCGAGCAAAAUUGCACGAUUUUUGGACAAAAAAACAAUAUUUGCGGUUCGAAAAAUUGCUAAGAAUUAUUCGAAAAAUUCGAAAUCAUUCUUUCAAAUAUUCGACGAAAGUAUAAUCAAUCAAAUGAGUAUAUAAAUAACUGCAAAAAUGAUCGAAAAAUAGGGAAUUUACAGAACGAUUGGAAAAGCAUUUGUUAUCAUUUUCAUUGUUAUACUUUUUCUUUUGAACGUACGGGGAAAGCCGAAGGCAAGUUGUAUCUAGUCUUUUAUCGAAGAUCAACAAAGGCAAGAUUUAUCUCGAGAUUAUUAUGAUUUCAAGCUUGUCCGUAUAUCCACUUUGUGUUACAUUUAAUGGAAUUUGUAAUGCACUUGUUUUCUGGAUCACCUUUUCCCGAGGUUCUUUAUUAUUUGUGCCUGCGAAAGUGAAUGUGUGUGUAAGCGUGAAUAGCGAAAGAUAAUUAUUUCUUGUCGAAGUUUACGAGAUCCCUGGUGGCUUUUUCUACAAUAAACAAUAACCGUGAUAUUUUCUUGUACGCAAAACUUUUUGUGAAAUUUUUCAAUGUUCCACGUGGCUGAACGACAAUUUUGGGUCGUUUUUUUUAGAUUUUUUAUACUUUUUAUUUGACGACAACAACGCAAAAAUUUGAAACGAAUUCUCAGGAAUUUCUUUCGCACUUUAUUUGUUUGUUUUUCUAAAAGCUGAUGAAAAUUUCGAAAUUUUUCGAUUUUACUGCCAAUCGAUUGAAUAUUGAGGAGGCUUCUAAGUUUAUCUAAAAACAUUUUGAAAAUACGGAGUUUUUAAGAAGCUCAAAAAAAAGCUUUUCGGAAACGUAAUUUUUUUUUAAAAUGUCACCUUCGAC